CAACCUCUCUCCUCACUUUCAAAUCUCAUUAACUACCUUUUGUACAUCUUCAUACUCAUUUCCAUGUGAUCUUAUUGUCAACUCAUCUCCACCCCCCCCCCCCAAAACACACACACACACACAAAACCCUUAAAUCCAUUCCUCCACUUCUCAAAAUGAACACAAACCCAAUCCCACAAGGCCUAACCCAAGAUGAAUACUCCAACCUCCAACCCAUCAUCACCACCCACCACCUCUUCACCAAAACACCAAACACAUGCACCUCACUCAUCACCCAACGCAUCAACGCCCCAGCCCACAUAGUCUGGUCCUUAGUACGCCGGUUCGACAACCCACAAAGAUACAAACACUUCAUCAAAAGCUGCACCAUGACUGGUGACGGUGGUGUGGGCAGUAUCCGGGAAGUUACGGUCAUCUCCGGCCUCCCGGCGUCUACUAGCACCGAAAGACUAGAACUAGUAGACGAUGAGAAGCAUAUCUUGAGCUUUAGAGUUGUGGGUGGUGAACACCGGUUGAAUAACUAUUGUUCGGUCACUUCGGUUAAUGAGUUUAGUGAAGGUGAUAAGGUUUACACCAUUGUGUUGGAGUCUUAUGUUGUUGAUGUUCCUCAAGGGAAUACGGUGGAGGAUACUAAGAUGUUUACGGAUACGGUUGUGAAGUUGAAUCUUCACAAGUUGGGUGCGGUGGCUGUUGGUUGCUUGCAUGGUGAUGGGUGACGGCAGUGGCGGAUCUAUCCUAAAAAAAACUUAUUUUGUAUCAGGGGUGUCUUUUGUAGAAAACCAAAAAAAAUAAAAAUUUUACAUGCACUCUGUAGACGGAGUUAAAGAGUAUUUUUACAUUACGAAUACGAGGUUGAGCUGUAGCCCAUGGUACCCCUACUAUAACACUACCUCCGCCACUGGGUGAUGAUGAUGGGUGGCGGGUGACGGUGGUGGAGGCGGAAGACUUGGUGUGAUGUGAUUGUGAUGGAGUGUUGCUUUUAAGUAGUGAAAAUGUAAGUUUUUUUUUACUCAAAUAAGUUUUUGAGGUUAGAAUUGGAGUGAAAAUGUAAGUUUCUUUUUUACUCAAAAUAAGUUUUUGAGGUUAGAAUUGGGUAUUUGCCCAAAGUUGUUUUUAGGUUUUUAUUAUUUAUUGAAUUCAAUAG